AUGCGGGUCCUUGUAGAGAGCCCACUCAAGAAGCCCAGCUGCGAAAUUCGUCAUAAUGCAAACAUCUCUCUCCACACCCUCUACGAAACAACGAAGAAGACUCAAAGCACCUCCAAGCGACGACCCAAGAAGUAUCGCGCAGUCGAACGCUCCGACGGUGUCAUUGUUGAACAUCCUCGUUAUCGCCCCGCAGCUUCAUCACAAAAACCAGUAUCACAAUCACACCCGCAGAGAGCUCUUCUGCUUGACCACACGUUUUUAUCCAAAGAGAUGGGAGACGCGAAGUCUAGCAGGAUGAUGUAUGACUUGCUAGGCGUUGGGGGUUUCGGGAGCAAUGAAGUACAUGGAAGGCAUUGCGAUACUACAAAUAUAGGAAGGAGAGACUUCUAUGGAGCGGAAAAUCACCAGUGGACGUUUGUUGGGAUUGAAAUGUAUACCUCUGAACGGCGGGGUCUUGUCGAAUCAGAUCCAAUUGAUCGUUUUCUCUGUGAAUCAGGGCCAUGGAGCUCAUAUUCUCGAAUAGAGGAGGAAACCUAG